UGGGGGUGGGGCUGAGAAGGACGAGGGAGAGAAAUGUCGCGGGAGUUGUGUUUAGGAUUUCGCGAGAACAGGGGAUAUUUUCGCGUUUGUUUUCUACGGAUUGUUGUGUCUAAGUUGGGAGUUUGUUCUUGUGGAGUGAGUAAGACUGAUGUUGCGGCCGCGAUUGGCCUUGGGUUUCGGAAUGCCUGAAGAUAAAAAAGUAGUAGUUUUUUUCGGUCGCCGACGCAAGGAUGAGUCUUUGGCGGGGGUCAUUCUGCGUAUCCCUGGGGAAGGGCGUGACGUCGACUGGCUGGGCGACGCAACAGUGUCUCGAGAGCGCUGCAGCCGGAGGGCGGGUCGGAGAAGCGCGCCCGGGACGCCGCGCAGUGAUGCUCCGGGAAACGUCUGCCCGGCCUAGCGGGAACCCAGCAUGAUUCUCAGGGUAGUAAAGUGCCCCUGUAAUUUACUUCUAGACUUUCAGAUCUUUUAGUUUUAUCACAAUUGGUGAUGAAUUCAGCCUGGAGGCAUAUUUGUUUUUAAGCUGGUUUCAAAGCUUUUGUUUAAAUAAGGUGAGUGAAGCUAUAACAGUGAUUCCUUUUUAUUUUUUGUUUUUUGAAUAUUGUUUCUAGAAUUAAGUGUUAACCAGACUUAGUAACCUAGUAUAUUGGAUGUGGCCUUGGCCAGUUUUCUUGAGGUCCUUAAAAUUAAGAACAGCACCUCUCUUCCCUCCAUCCGUCAGGAGAUUGUCCAAAAUCGAAUUUGCGGCUUUGGAGAAGCAGCUCCUGCCCAGUCCCAACCUGUGGGAACUCAAAUGGUUGAAAGGAGGAGCAGGAGGUACUGAUGGACAAGGUGGUACCUUCCGGUACACCUUUCAUGGAGACCCUCAUGCCACAUUUGCAGCAUUUUUUGGAGGUUCCAACCCCUUUGAAAUUUUCUUUGGAAGGCGAAUGGCUGGUGGUAGAGAUUCUGAAGAUAUGGAAGUAGAUGGGGACCCUUUUAGUGCCUUUGGAUUCAGCAUGAAUGGAUAUCCAAGAGACAGGAAUUCUGUGGGACCAUCCCGCCUCAAGCAAGAUCCUCCAGUUAUUCAUGAACUUAGAGUAUCACUUGAAGAAAUAUAUAGUGGCUGUACCAAACGAAUGAAGAUUUCUCGAAAAAGGUUAAAUCCUGAUGGAAGGAGUUAUAGAUCUGAGGACAAAAUUCUCACCAUUGAGAUUAAAAAAGGAUGGAAAGAAGGCACCAAAAUUACUUUUCCAAGAGAAGGAGAUGAAACACCAAAUAGUAUUCCAGCAGACGUCGUUUUUAUUAUUAAAGAUAAAGAUCACCCAAAAUUUAAAAGGGAUGGAUCAAAUAUAAUUUAUAAUGCUAAAAUUAGUUUACGAGAGGCAUUGUGUGGCUGCUCAAUUAAUGUACCAACAAUGGAUGGAAGAACCAUACCUAUGUCAUUAAAUGAUAUUGUGAAACCUGGAAUGAGGAGAAGAAUUAUUGGAUAUGGGCUGCCAUUUCCAAAAAAUCCUGACCAACGUGGUGACCUUCUAAUAGAAUUUGAGGUGUCCUUCCCGGAUACUAUAUCCUCAUCAUCCAAAGAAAUACUUAGGAAACAUCUUCCUGCCUCAUAGAAUGAAGAACUUUGUUACCCAUAUUUUGACAAGGCACUGAAAAUAUAAAAGGACUGGCAGUUUACCGAAGUAGAUGUGAAUUCUGUAUAAAGACAUGUAAAUUCUUCUGAGGGCUCAUUAAAUUGCAUGAAUAGAGAUGGGUCAUAUAAAUAGGCAAAAGGGAUUUUUACAGUUAGAAAUUCAGAGAAAACCACUCACUGUAUUUUAUUUCAUUUUUCCCAAAUCAGAAAUGUUUAGUAUUUUGCUUAUGUGUACAAGUUGUUUUUGUGGAGUCAGUAUAUAUAUUUCCAUAUAUAUUUUCAAUAAAGUACUAGACUAUCUAAGUACUUUAUUUCUUACAUCUUUAGAUUAUCAGUAUGAUAGGUUCCCAUUUAUAAUGGAAAUUAUAAUUCUUAACUAAACUAUGCGUAUGGUAUGUAUUUUAAGAGAAGAUUAAUAACCUAAGUAAUUUGGAAAUGUGGUUAACUAGAUUUAAAUCACCUUUUAAAGUGCUGGUAUAGGGCUGGUACCUGGUAAAAGAAUAUCCUGAUGCAUAUGUUUCACCAUUUUGAUUUUUAAAGUAUGCUGUAGCAUUUCUUAAUAACAUAGUCGCAAUAUUCAUAAUAUAGACCUUUUCUUCAUAAAAAGGAAAUUAAUGGAAGUUUAUCUCCUAUGGAAAUCCCAGUUGCCUGAAUUACUGAUAUUUUAGAAAUAGGCUGUUUUUAAAAUGCCAUAUGUAAUUUUAAGCAAGUUGACUAUAUAUCUUGGACUUAAUAAAUUAUAGGUUCAUUUUAUUGUCCUCUAGUUUAAAAUAAUUUGUUUAACAAUGAAUGUGUUUUCAGGGGAAAUGCUCUUAUUUGGAAUUAAUUUUCCAAUUAUACAGUCUUCUGUAACUUACUCAUAAUAUGCUGUAUGUACCUUAUGCAAUUUCCCUAAAAGUAAUAAACUACCAGUAUGGUCUUAAACAAAAAUAUGGGAAAAAUAAACACUGUAACUGCUGCUUAUGGAUAAUGUUGCUACUACUUGUUAUGCAUAUAAGUAUUUUACUUUUUCACAUGUAUAGAUUGCAUUUCUUAGGUGUUUUAAUUUUUUAAAUAUAUUUACGUUUAAAAUUUAUUUUGUUUUUGUUUUCUGUUUUAUAACUAGUUUGAAUGAUGUUUUGAAACAAAGUUUUUCAUUGAACAGUAAUUUUGGAGGUUGAGUCAUGUAUAUACUAGGUAUACUGGAUCCUAUCACCUUUUAGCAGAACAUGAAAUCUUCUUUUAGAAAUUUAAUAUAAAUAGGUUACAAUAACCAUAUACUUUUUAAAAAACAGCUUUAUUAAGAUAUAAUUUACAUACCACAGAGUUCACCCUUCUAAAGUUUAUGAUUCAGUGGUUUUAGUAUGUUCACAAAGUUGUGUAACUUUCACCACUUUUUAAUUCCAUGACAUUUUCAUCCCCUCACAAAGAAACUCCAUACUCAUUAACAGUCACUCUGUAUUCCCUGCUUCCUCCAUCCCUUGACAACGACUAAUCUACUUUUGUCUCUAUGGAUUUCCCUAUUCUAGACAUUUCAUAUAGAAGGACUCAAACAAUAUAUGACUUUUGUGUCUGGCUUCUUUCACUUAGCAUGAUGUUUUUAAGGUUCAUCCAUGAUGUGGCAUGUAUCAGUGCUUCAUUUCUUUUUAUGACCAAAUAAUUUUCCAUUGUAUGGAUAUACCACAUUUUGUUUAUCCAUUCAUUAGUUAAUGAGUAUUGGGUUGUUUCUACUUUUUGGCUAUUAUGAAUAAUGCAGCUAUGAAAUUUGUGUAUAAUUUUUUUGUGGACGUAUAUUUUCAGUUCCCUUGAAUAUAUACCUAGGAAUGGAAUUUCUGGGAAUAACCAUAUAUUUUUGUUGCAAAUGGAAUAUCCCUGAAAAAGUGCCUGAGAAUUCAACUAAUCACACUCAUCAAAAUCGUUUAUAAUUUCUUUAUAGCUUCAUUUCUCUGAAUGACAGUUAAAAGUCCCUAGGGAAGCAUGAACAUCAUGGAAAUUUUCUCACAAGUCUAAGGACCUGGAGCUAAAAAGUGUCAGUCAGAGUGGUGGGUGUGGUUUUGAUUUAAACCAAACAUUAUCAUUUAUUACAAUAACUUUGCUUGAUUAAACAUUUUCCCCCAGAUGAAAUAAUAUAGAUAAAAUAUAUGGGUAAUCUCUGGAUAAAAAAAGUAAAAUUUUUUAAAGUAGAUUUUUCUUCUAGUAGCAAAAUUUACAUAAACCAAAACCAAGCCCAUUGCCGUUGAGUCGAUUCUGACUCAUAGGAACCCUAUAGGACAGAGUAGAAUUGCCUCAUAGGGUUUCCAAGGAGCGGCUCAUAGAUUUGAACUGCUGAUCUUUUGGUUAGCAGCCGAGCCCUUAAUGUGACUGCGCCACCAGGGCUUCAAAAUUGACCUAACUUUACAAAAACAGUAUACCAAUUUCUUUCUUGUCUUAAUAGAUAUUGAUAAUGCUGUAGUAGCUAGUAAGUACUAAUUGUUGAAUAUUGAAUCAGUGAAUGUAAAAGUAGAGUUUUAAAUUUCUAUUUUUUUAAAUUAUGGAAUUACUUUCUAUUUUUAAAUGUUGUUUUUAAAUUCAAACAAGAUCUUGGAUGCCUGGUAUAGUUUUAAAGUUCUGUGGAUCCCAGUACAGGAAGCAGUAAGCAAUAAAUUAUGUAAUAUUUACUUUUUAAUAUUUUAUUGUUUUAGGUCAAAGUUUACAUAGCAAAUUGGUUCCCAUUUAACAAUUUUUAUACAACUUGUUCCAUGAUGUUGGUUACAUUCUUCACAACAUGUCAACACUCUCAUUAUUUCCAUUCUUUUUGUUCUGUUUCCCUUGAUCUAGCUUCCCUGCCCCUCCUUAGCAUAUCAUCUUUGUUUUAGGGUAAAUUUUGACCGUUUGGUCUCAUAUAGUUGAUUAUUUAAGGGAGCACAAUAUUCAUGGGU